AAUCCACGUCGACCCAGAGACCUAAAGGAGGCAUUUCACAUAACUUCACUUCACCCUGACAUGAAAUGGCCAUCAUCAGAUGCCCUGACGGGGUUCCAGGAGAUCCAUACGUCUUUCUUCCAGCACUGUAAAGACCUGAGUCUGCGGGUGCUGAGGGUGAUGUCCCACAGUCUGGGUCUGGACCCCGAAGUGUUCCUGAGUGCACACCAUUUAAUAGGAACUGAGGAAAACGGCACAGCUCUGCGGUCCCUCUACUACCAACCGGUGAAAAAUGAAGAAGUGAAGGAAGGUCAGUUGCGAUGUGGAGAGCAUUCAGACUAUGGCACCAUCACACUGUUGUUCCAAAACGCUGAAGGUCUGCAGGUCCGUAGUCGUUCUGGUGAAUUCAUCUCUGUUCCCAGCAUCCCCGGGCUGGUCCUCCUCAACAUCGCUGACCUGUUGCAGCGCUGGACCAGUGAUCAGUUCAUCUCUGUGAUACACAGAGUUUUGCUGCCGCCUGCUGGCGACUCUGGCGCACGUCAGUCCGUGGCUUUCUUCGUCCAUCCGGAUCACGAGGCUGUGAUCACCUGCUGCGACGGCUCUGACAAAUAUCCUCCUGUCACAGCAGGCGCCUACCUCAAAGAACGCUUAAAGUACUCGUAUGGAGAAAGCUGAAUUUCUAUCCAUGAAUUCUGUCACACGCAGCUGGUGAUUAUAUACACGCUGUCCUUCCGUCAGCAAAUUGACUAAUGAAAGUGUUUUAUCAUGUUGUGGGAUCUAUCAAAAUACUGAAUGUCACCUUAGAU